AUGCCCCCCUCUACACCUCACCCAGCCCAAACCCCCAAGCGCGUCCUCAUGCUGCACGGCUUCGGCCAGAACGCAUGCCUUUUCCGCCGCAAAACAGCCGCCCUCACAACACGACUCCGCCGCCUCCUCGCCAACCACUACCAAGUCCCUGCGACGCUCAUCGAGUUCAUAUACCCUGACGCCCCGUUCCUGCUACUCCCGCACGAGCCAUCUUCUCCACAUACCGAAGCCGCCUCCAUCGACGCACAUUCAGGGCCAACAACAGAGACUGGAUUCCGAGCCUGGUGGCGCAAUCUUGAUACGGUGAGCCACUACCCCGGUCUCGUGGAGUCGUUACGGUAUUUAAAGGAGCUGGUCGGGCUGUAUGGGCCUUUUGUGGGUGCUGUAGGGUUCUCGCAGGGCGCGGCGCUUGGUGGCAUUUUCACGAGCUGGUGUGAGGGCGUGCCUUGUCGUGAGAUGGUGGCGGCGAGGGAAGCACGGUCGGGGUCGGGGAGAAGGGAAGUGGUAGAGGAGCUGUGCGAUGUGUUGAGUGAGAGGCCGCAAGAUCGGGAAUUGGAGUUUGUGGUAUGCUUUUCAGGGUAUGCUGGGACGAGGAGGUUGUACGGGGGGUUCUAUGAUAGGGUUGAAGGUCGGUUGGAUGGGGGGUUGCGGACGGCUAGUGUGCAUGUGCUGGGUAGGUAUGAUACCAUGGUUACGUGGGGGCAGACGAUGGAGUUGGUGUGUGCGUUCGAGGGGGGUGCGGGAGAGGGGAGGAGGGAGGUGGUAGAACAUUGUGGGGUGCAUUUUGUGCCGAGUGAGGGGGUUGUGCUGGAGAAGGUGAUUGAGGCGUUGGGGAGAGUGCUUGUUGGGCUUGGUGAGAGGGGGUCUGGAUGUUUUGGAGACUUGGUGGGAGUUGAGCUAGGAGCACACGCGGAAGGAAGAUGGCCUGGGGGAAAAAGUGAGAGAACGGAAUCAGCAGAACAUGCGAUACAAUCGCCAGCUGUGCAAAUCGGUUCUCUGGGCGCGGAACUCUCGGUGCCGGACACCGGAAGUGAGCGUCGCAUGUGUGUGGCAACUAAGUCACGCAAGAACCGGGGGCGGCGUUGUCAGCGGCGAAAUGGUGCUGCUAGAGUUGCUGGAUGGCGGAUGUUGGCAUCUAGGCAGGCCGUUCGUUAG